CUCCCCCCUCAGCCAUGGCGGGAGUCCCCGCGGCCCACGUGACCCGGGGGCGCACGUGACGGCGCACGUGACGGCCAUGGCGGCCAGCCGGUACCGGCGGUUCCUGCGGCUCUGCGAGGAGUGGCCCGUGGAGGAGACGAAGCGGCAGCGGGACCUGGGCGCGGCCCUGCGGCAGCGCGUGGCACAGGCCUUCCGCGAGGGCGAGAACACCCCGGCCAAGCUGGUGGGAAGUGGAAGGGAAAGACCUGGAGCAGGACAGCAGAUCGCUGACCCCGAGGCCUGUGACCAAAUGUACGAGAGCUUGGUCAGGAUCCACACCAACUACUACAAAAACAAGUAUCCACGGCUGAAAGAAACGACCUUCACCGGGGUGACAGUGGAGGAUUGCAGGAUGAUCCUGGCAACAGACAUUCUGAAACAGAUGGAAGACAUGAAAAAAGGGACGUGGAGGAGACUGCGGGAAAAGUUUUCUGCCAAGAAACCUGAAGAGGACUCGAAGUGAGGGCCCAGCUCUCAGCUUCUCCACUGUACAUAUCCCUGAAGCUCUGUGUGUUGCCAUGAUGAAUAAAACCAUUUAUUCCUCUUA